UUCUCUCACCUCCCUCCCACAACUUUUCUAUCCCAUCCUUUGCGUCUCGGAAUCUCUCUCUCUCUCUCGCUCUCUCGAUUUCUGUGGAAAGCCGGAGGAAACUCGCCGGAGGCUCCGAACUUCAUGCGAGCGUCGCUCGCCGGCGGGAGCGGGCUCCGACCGGUGAUCGCCGGCCCGCGGUGAUGGGGGUCCCGAGCGACGACGCGGUGCUGAUCCAGAAGCCGAAGAAGCCCGGGGAGCCCCACGUCGUCACCGUGAAUUGCCCCGACAAGACCGGCCUCGGAUGCGAUAUCUGCAGGACCAUUCUCGACUUUGGCCUUUACAUCACCAGAGGAGAUGUUUCGACUGAUGGAAUAUGGUGCUACAUUGUAUUGUGGGUGCUUCCACAUACCAGCUCACUCAUUGUGAAAUGGUCGAACUUGAAAGACCGUCUUAUGUCCGUAUGCCCGUCGCGUUCAUUGCAAUUUUACUUUAACCAGCAGCCAGCACAUUCUCCGUCAUCUCCUGUUUAUCUAUUGAAGUUUCUCUCUCACGGCCGCAAGGGAUUGUUACAUGAUGUUACUCAAGUUCUCUGUGAGCUCGAGCUUGCAAUUCAAAAGGUGAAAGUGACCACAACACCAGAUGGGAGAGUCCUGGACCUCUUCUUCAUUACUGAUAACAUGGACCUUCUACACACGAAGGAACGGCAAGAUCAGACAUAUGAACAGUUGCAUGCAGUUUUAGGUGAAUCGUGUAUCAGCUGUGAACUCCAGUUGGCAGGCCCCGAGUAUGGGGGCCGUCAGGCUAUUCCAACACUCUCUCCUGCAGUAGCUGAAGAACUUUUUAGAUGCGAACUACUUAAGAAUGAGAUUCGUUCACAAGCUCUAAGUCCAGACUUGACAAAAUUGAAGAAGACCAAUAUCACUGUAGACAAUUCUCUGAGCCCAGCUCAUACGCUGCUCCAGAUCCACUCUGUCGAUCACAAGGGACUGCUCUAUGACAUUAUGAGAACCUUGAAAGACUGCAAUAUUCAGAUAGCCUAUGGUCGAUUCUCGCCAAAUGUCAACGGGCAUCGGGAUCUAGACCUUUUUAUUCAGCAAAAGGAUGGGAAAAAGAUUGUCGAUCCUGAAAAGCAGAGUGCACUUAUUUCUAGGUUGAAAUUGGAGAUGCUCCAUCCACUACGAGUUAUCAUUUCCAGCCGUGGGCCGGACACCGAUUUAUUAGUAGCUAAUCCUGUUGAGUUAUCUGGCAAGGGGAGACCACGAGUUUUCUAUGAUGUUACCCUGGCACUAAAAAUGUUGGGCAUCUGUAUUUUCUCGGCUGAAAUUGGAAGGCAUUUUGCAUCAGAUCGAGAAUGGGAAGUAUACAGAUUUCUCUUGGAAGCGAGUUGUGAAUUCCAGUUCACAAAUGCAGUGGCUAAAAAUCAGAUUGUGGAUAAAGUUAGAAGAACCUUGAUGGGGUGGUGAUAAUAUCAUUGACCUCUGUGCAUCUGGACCAUAAGUCUUUCCGUUGGGGCAGUCGCCCCCAUUUGCCUUCUAGCAUAGAGUAUGUAUAACUUGUUUAUACAGUGCAUUAUUUGUGGCACAGGCUUGUAUUAUAGCUUCCUCCUUCUCUGUAUGCCAAUUCUUGUACGUCAAGCGUCACUACAUCGUAGAGAGGAUGCCAUUAGUAAAUAAGUUUGCUAGUUUUCUCGACUAAUGAUGAAGUAGUUUGAUUGCCUU